AACGUGUGUGCUCCUCUGGCACUCUUUAGUCCAUAAUCAUUUGGAAAAUCAAUUUGUCGUAUUUUUUACUAAAGAUACUUUGAUAUGAUAUCGCAUAAAUUAUUUAAAAUAAAAUCAUAUACAAUGUGUCAAACGAAAUGAAAUAAUAGCAUUCCUAACGGAUAGUUAUAUUAAAUGGAUUGAGGCAUUUUAUAUCACCGCUGAUAAAAGUUCAUAUAGUUUGAAAAAUGGGCUCAAUCGUGUUGAAGAGUUUAUCAAUCCUUUUAGGGGUGUUUUUUAUAUUUGUUGGAAUUACAAAGUUGACGCCUUUUAUUUCGAAGGAACUUCACAAAGACUUGAGGAAGGAGUACGUUAGAUAUGCCAAGGUGUUUCCAUUAACCGAGACGUUGGACUUCAAGCUGCCGUCGAAAUGGUAUAGGCGGACCGUGGGCGCGCUCGAGAUACUGUUCGGGCUCACCAUGGCACUAUUUCCUGGUCAUAAGAUAAAGAACGCCGCGAACAUCGGGCUGGUAGCGCUGAUGGUGCUGGCGGUGUACUCCCACGUGAUGGUCGGGGACCCGUUCGACCGCUGCGCGCCGGCGCUGGUGUUCUUCUUCAUGCUGAGUGGCCGGCUCGUCGUCUGGUACCAGAUCAGCCGCCGCGAGGAGCUGGAAAAGAACGCGGCGACACAGAACGGCAACGGGCUCAAAAGAGACUAGCUGAAUUCAUCCAUUCUUUAUUUGCACCAAUUGCUUUCAAAUUUCAACAAUACCGAGAGGUAUAAAUUGGAAUUCGUAAUGCAUUUUGCAUAUUUAUUAAUUUAAUAAUGUUAUUGUAAAAUGUUGUUUUACAAAUCCUGUCGUUACGACUUUUUGUCACUUUUCUGUGAUUUACUCUAGUCGCUCGCCGUUGUUUUAGUUAAGUUACUUGACAACAGCCGUUUCGAAACCUCUUAAUAAGUAUUUACAAAUAAAUUUGGGCCACGCCGUCAUUAGAUCACCAACAACAUUAAAUCGUGCUCCGACUCUCCUCUCGACAGGAGCUGUUUGUACCUAAAAGUGAUAUUAAUUUAAGCGAUACCUAAGCACUAGGUUCAUUUUGUAUGUGCGAGUAGUAUGUGAUAGCAAUGCGUAUGCCAUUUAGGCCGGGACUACGUCAACUGCCACUGUAUUAUAUAUUAUUAUUAGUAGGUUUAGCCAACUAAUGCACAAAGAUAUAUCUUUGGUUAAAGCACCCUUAUGUCGUCAUUUUGUGGUGUCUUAUUUGCUCAAAGGGAGUCUUGUAGAUUAGCUAUGUAUUUAAUAAUUACUUAAUUAAUUCUGUUAACAUCAUGACGUCAAAAGAACACGUAUGUUCGUGUAGAUAUCAAUAAACAAUUAUUAUGAUAUGUAACCUUUUAGGUACCUAUAUUCAUCUUAACAUAAUGAUUGUUACCCAUUAGAAACUUCACAUUGAUUGGAGAUGACAAACUAUUUAAUAAUCAUUGCAAUUUUGAUAAAAUUAGAUAAUUGUAUUAUUUAUUUGUGUGAUGUGCGUCGUGUUUGAAGUGUGAUUGUUUGAAUAAAUGGAAAGAGAA